AUGUUACUAGCAUUUGGACUGCUACUGAGCAUGUCCGUAGCGGAAUGCGCCAGGCAUAGUGAUGUUGCAGGAAUCCUGGCAUCAUGUAAUCCAAUCGGAUAUUUGAAUGGCAACUCCCACGACUGCAAUCACGACCACGGCUCAGAUUGCUGCCAGUCCGGGAAGCGAUACUCACAGUACAAAUGCUCGCCCCCCGUGACAGCCACUACUCCCGCCACACUCACACUGAAUGGUUUUCAGAAGGGGGAAGACGGAGGAGGGCCUUCGGAGUGCGAUGGGGACUACCACAAUGACAACGAUCUCGUGGUUGCUCUUUCCACAGGCUGGUACGCCGGUGGAAGCCGCUGUCACGACUUCAUACUCGUCACCAAUCCAGACAAUGGACGAACUGUGCGGGCCAUGGUGGUGGACGAGUGCGACUCAGUCUCUGGGUGUGACAAGGAUCACGACUUCCAACCCCCUUGUAAUAACAAUAUCGUGGAUGCCUCUCCAGGCGUAUGGAAAGCCUUGGGGGUCAACAAUUACGAUGAUGUUGGUGAAAUGAGCAUCACUUGGUCUGAAACUUAA